AUGACACAUCUAUCGCCGAUACUGAAAGUAAAAGUUGACGAACUCUUUCUGCGAUGGCUUUCGAUGCCCGACACUCAACGAGUCCUCAAAACCGAUUUGAACAAACUAAUCCAAGGCCGCCCAUUGUCUCCAAGGCAAUUGUCACUUUCGUCGGUUUCUAAUACAAUAGGCGGUACUAGACCGAUUUCGCCUCCGGCCCCGCCAACCAGUUCACCAUCUCAAGUGCUACGGUCACCGCGAAGUCCGCGAGAAAGAUCUUCGCGAAGACCAGGCUCUAAAUCGCCGCCGCGUUCUCCUAGGUUAGAGAACCAUGAAGCUACGAAGUAUCUGAUGAAGGAUAAAUCUUUGGUGUUAAAUAAUGUUAGAAUCUUUCCUGGCUGUGCGUCAAGCCUUCCACAAUUUUACUUUCCUCUUGGAAGGCCAGAAGAUUCUACUGUUUGUGACAACGCGCUGGACAAAGUAAAGAAAAUUUUCCAACUAUCCGAGGAGGGUUUAUCAAAAGAGGAGUUCGGAGCAGUGGCGAAGGUAAUUUGAUUUUGUGUUUAUGUUUCUAAAUAAGUUGUUUUGCGUGACGUGGACUAUCUCACGAACGUGUAGCUGUCUAACUUAUUGUUGACCGUUAAGUGACUUGUCACUUUUCAACACGCGAAUUUGCCUGAUCUUCCUGAUGAGUAAUUUAUAUUUGGUCAUUAUUUAUGUCGUUGUUCUUGAACAUAACGUGAUCGGGACGUUCUUUUCACAUCUUAGGGAAAACCUACGAAGUACCCAAAUUUCCGUUAUCAUAACUUGAUCUGCACUGCGUCGUUCAAAGGGAUUUAAGUAAUCCAUCGUUCGUGACGAUUCGAGUAAGAUACUCAAUGAUUCUACGCCAUUGGCGCUGAACCAGAAUGGUUUUUAUGCUUGCAGCAAGGCCUGUUUGCUUUAUAAUUGAAGAGUAUUCCAAUGGCUUCGAGAAUGUUUGUGCAAAACGUCUCGAAGAGUUAUAACCCGAUCAUGUUUACACAGCUCCUAAAUGUUCCUCUAAGACAGCAAAUAUAGCCAACAAUACCCUAUCACGUAUUUACGAUAACUUUGUUUAUUAAGUAAUUGUAAGUUGAAAAUUAUGCAGUUUACCACUGGUCAAUUCACGUUCACCUUUGGCUAUGAUUCAAAUAUGUUAAUCUGUCUUCGAAUCGAACAUUUUUGUUUUUGUUCCUAAUAAUCAGCUCAAGAAUAAAACUUCAGCUUUUAAUAGUAUUAUAAGCCACAUAAGCCGUACAACUUCCUGAAAGGCUUCUUCAUCUGAAUCAGUUGAUUUUGUGACAAUAAUUAUUAUUGUGCAAUUUAUAUCUUUAGAGCUAUGGAACGAACAACACGCUUAGACUGACGGCUCUAAAAUUUUGCAUAAGCAUUGUUUUCAAUUUCUCUUGGGGUGACUGUAAUACCCAGGAGAAAUUUAAAACCAUAGUAAUGCAAAAUUUGGCGCGGGUAAACAAGGUUUAUGAAAAUAUGAAAAUGAAAAAUAUCAGUCUGCUAGAAAAAAAGGCCCUACUUUUCGAUAGGUAUGAGUCCAUUUUAAUUGUUUGACAAAUAUGGUUGCAGUAAAAUGAAAGCAAAAGUCAAGUUCUCUAUCAAUUUAAAUUUUUUACUACUUGUGAUAUUCUGUCAAUAUUUUUAAGUGGCAGGAGGAUUUUAAUGUUUCUGCUUAGAAUAUUUAAUGAGUGAUCUCACAAGUCAGUUUAACAUUUUUACUACUACUCUCGUCCAACAAAAUGCAAUAAUAUUAAGUUGUGAUAAUAAAUCAACAAAUAGCCCAUAACAAAAGCAAAACUGUACACAAGUACUUUUUAUGUUAAGAACUUUCUAGUCAGUUUGGGGUGAAAAUAAAUUAUUCAUAAUUAUGAAUUUUUCAUAACCAUUGUUAUGACUAAAAAGGGCGGUGAGUGAAUUCUUUUUUAUUUUACCAAAAAUUGUGUCAACAUUGAAGCUUUUCCUAAUGCAAAUCUUCCAGUGAAGCAAAAAGUUCAAAGAUGCAAAAGUGCAUAGGUGGGACAGGCAAUUUUUUCCAAAACCUCCCAAAGAAAACAAAUUCAAGAUCAUUUAAGGAAAUUGAUGCACCCCUUGCUACAUUUCAUCAUUGUUUACAUAGGCAUUUGAUCAAUGUCUUCACAAGAAGUUAGCCUUAUCAUGUACCUCUGUAGCCUUCCUUUUUGUUUGUUUCCUUGAUUUAAUGAAACUGUACAUGUAUGUGCUUUUAAUUUUUUUUUUUUAUGUAGACUACCUAAUUUUCACUUUAAAACCAGGGCUCGAAGUUAACUUUUAGUGCACUUGCAAAGUUUUGCUAGUAACAUUUUUUUCCACUAGCAAACUGGUGAGACCACCAGCAAAUUCUUUCUCUUUGAAAUAUCAAUGACCAUAUCUGAUAUAAAGAUUAGAAUUGAUAUUUCGCACAGUCACGUACAACCGCGACACAAAAUGGCUUUCAAGGGCUUGAUUAUUUCCAUAAACCAGCAUUUUAGUUGAGCUUAUGGAAAGAAAACUGUCAGAGCAUCAGUAAAAUCUAUAUGGAUCCCGACUUCAAAAUCUUGUUUUUCGGUGGCUCAAGGUCUUUAUUGACACUGGCACUCGUGUUAGAGGUUGAGGGCCCCGAGGGCCUCUCAAAGAAAAAAGUUAUCUUAGACAUACGUAAGAAAAUGAUAGCUCCAAACCACGAGGAACAACAACAACACAUGAAUGUGAAGGUGUGGCAUUCAAACAGCUUUCUCCAAAUGUUUGGGAGACAUAGAUGAUUCUAACUCACAAACGUUUGCUAGUGGAUAUUUUUCUCACUCGCAUUUUGCAAGUUUGCAAGCGUUAAUUUUGAUCCCCUCUCAAAUAUCCAUGGUUAUACAUUUUGGUAACUAAAUUACAAGUUUUCCAGCAAUAGUGAUGAAUUUUACAUUUCAUCAUAAUUUUAUUAAUAAAAAAACUUACAGUAGGUACAAAGUGUUAACAUUGUGUUGCUAUGAAUUAGGUUAAUUAAUUAGGUUUACUUUUGAGUGGCAGUACCCUUAACUUAAUAUCCAGCUAAUUUACAGGGACUCCACACAAAUAAUUAGCAACAAAUAAUCUAAAUAUUACAUAACAGGAUAAAAAAAAUUGAAACUGGCAGGAGGCAACAAGCUGGCUAUUUACAUGUGUGGCCGAAGAUUUGAAUUCAGGUUAAACAAGAACAAAUCCCCCAAGUGGCCAGAGCAGAACUUGAACCUGAAACUGCUAGAUUGCAAGUCCGACUCAUUGGCCACUUGGUCACACUGCCUUGGCCAUGCUGUUUUUCUUGAUUGUGGAUACAAAUCUGUGCUCUUGCGGCGCCUUGAGGCCCUUGGUGCCUAACUUUUGCUUCUGGGUGACCAGAAAAUUGUACAAGCUUUUUUCAUAGAAAUCAUUUUCUUGGCAUGAUGGAUUUUACCGGGCUGUUCAUUAGGUAUUGGAGAUUGGAGAAUUGUCCCUUUACUAUGCAAAAUUCUAGGCCUAACAUUCUGUAGCUUAUGCCUAUUUUUUUUCCAGACUUAGAGCUUCUUUCAAAAAUAAUAUUCUCCUGUAAUGUUAAACCUUUCUCCUGCGACUAGGAUUCUUAAUGAUAACCCUGGACCAUUUGGCCCACUUCAAUUUUUCUUAGAGCACAGCCUUGGAAUACUUUUAAAAGUGAAAUAAUUUGUUAAGGUCUUUUUGCCUUGUUUCAGACCUGUGGUCUAUCUUUGUACUGGAGGGAACCUCUUUUUUCUGCAGCUGGAGGACACAAGAAUGGUUAUGUCACAUUAUCCAUGUUUACUGCUUUGUGGAAAAGGUAUUUCUCUCAGUAAUUCGUAACCACUUCUAUAUAGUAGCCAAAGAAAAAAUAAAUUCACAAAAAACGCAACCUUUUUUGCAAAAAAGAUUUCAUUAUUUAAAAUAUAAAAUAAAACUGUGCAAAACUUUUGCAAAAGAGGUUUUGUUUGAUUGUUAACACCAUAGGAUUUUGUCCACUGAUUUUUAGUUAGUUUGAGAAAUAACAGAAGAAGGUAAUAGGUUUAUAUCAGGGGCUUUCACUACCCUCUGCUGUCUGCAAUUACAGUAAAAACCCACAACUAAGAACCUAAAUUUAAGAACCUGUUAGCCUAAAAUUGGUCAUUUAUACCCCCUAUAAACAAGAACCUAUUUAGCCUAAGAAAUUUAAAACAGGUUCUUAUUUUCUAAAAUCAUACUAGUGCAUUACAGCUGCAUUGCAAGAAUCAUAUUUGAAGCAAAAAAAGCGAUUGCCAUUGGUGUAAAAAUGCUUUUUAAAAAGCAUAGGCUAAUGAGCAACUUGUUUGCAGCUGUGUUUUAAUUGUUUUUUCUCCAGGAUUAAGAACCCAUUUUAAGAACCUAAGUAGCCUAAAAUUCUGUUAACUACCAUUUAUAUAAGAACCUGUUUAGGCUAACUCCUAAAAAUGUAGGAUCUUAGUUGCGGGUUUUUACUGUAUUCCUUAUACAUUUCAGCCUUUGCUAUAGGGAUUAUCUUCAGUAUAGCUCACAUCUGUCUGGCCAUGCCUGAAUAAAAAACACUGUAAACUGCCACUUAUACUUAUAAGCUCCCUGGUCGGCCCCGGUUAUAAGACCACUAACAGUUAUAGGCCCAUCUACCUUUAUAAAAACAAAAAAUACAUCCAAUUAUUAUGAGCUCCCCCAGAUAUGCCCCCCCCCCCCUUUAGUGCCCAUUAUAAGCCCUUCCUCUAAAUGUGGUUGAUUAUGACAUUUUAAAGCCUAAUUACAAACCAGGGCCCAGUUGUUCAAAGGCCAAUUUGCACUAACAUGGGGUUGAAUUUUAAUCCCAGUUUCUUUUUCUUUUGUUCAAAUGUGUUUUCUUGGAUAAAGUUUCUCUAUUCUUUUUAGAGCAUCCAAUCAUCAGAUAGUAGGCAAAAAGGAUUAAACUGAAUUUGCUUUUUAAACUUUCAUAUCUGAAUUCAAAUUUCGUUCUAGCCCAGCUAAGUUAUCUUAAACCAGCUUUGAAAAUUACCCGGCCCAGUAUGCCAAAAGAUUAGUAUUUUGAUUGCACUGCUAUAGUGUGUAUUAUAGCUACCUUAUUAUAGGAACUUAACGCUCCAUGAAAUUAAGGUAUUGGAAAUUAACACGACUUAAAUUAACGCGAAUUUAAUGGAAAACGACUUUUGAAUAAAGAAAAUUAACGCGAAAGAGGAGGUAGAGUUUCAUAGUAAAGGAAAUUAACGCGAUUGAGACACAGUUGGUGGUGACAACUGGAACAAAUUUAUUUCAACACUGGAUGCAAAAAAAAAUUCAAAACUGAACAAAACUGAGUUGACAUCACUUCUGACAGCGACAACGAUGAAGAUGAACUCGAAAUAUUGUAAACCUUCGCCUUAGCUUUUGUGAAAGAUGAAAAAUAAGGGGUAAUUGGAAAGAAAGAAAGCUUCUAGUUAAUGUUUUAAAGGUGUCAAGAAUGUCUGGACAGGUUCCAAACUUGGGGUUAAAAUACUAGAAAUUAAUAGCACGAAAAUUAACGUUGCACUUAAUUAACGUCGCGGAAAUUAACGCUCAACAGAAUUAACGCGACUUAAAUUAACGCGAAUUUUAACGAUUCGCGUUAAUUUCAUGGAGCGUUAAUUUCCUAUAAUAAGGUAUAUACCAUUUUAAAAAACUUUUUCUGGUCCUUCUAAAAGCCCCACUCAGAUAUAAGCCCUUUAAUUAAUAAGCCCUCAUAAAAACCCCUUGCAAAGAUGUCUAAGGCCAGGACUUAUAAGCAGCAGUUUAUGGUAUUCAAACUUACUUACAUGAAUAUUGAUGCAAGAAAUUUGUUUGGACCAAAAUUUUUUACUCUUCUCUUUCAGUGUAACAUCUAAAUGUCAUGAUAAUGCAUCAAGAUUCAUUCGAUUAUUAAGUACAACACAUUGCCAGGAUUAUGUUGAGUCAGAUGACUUUGUUCCACUUUUACAGGUAAAGUACAUUUCCCUGGAUCAGUUUCUAUAAAUAAUUUUAACGAUGACUUAGAUUUAUCUUCUCUCUUCUUUAUCAUCUCUUGUAUCUCUCUAUAUUACUUCUAAGCACUUUUUGAAAUAUUGUUGACAGCUCUAAAAGUCUUCACCCUUUGAGCCCCAGUGUCCAUGUGCAGAUUCUCCUGACAGAUCUCCAUACAUUUCCUUUAAAGAAUUAGUUAAGAUAAUUUGAUAAGGGCUGAAAACAUUUUUCUCUUUGGUGAUCAUUAUCCUAAUUCUCAUAACCUUUUAUCUUUGUUGUGCAGUGGUAUUGUUAGGAGAAAACUGCAAAUAAGUCAGAAUUGUGUUACAGGCACUUCUUCUGGACUCCAAGCCUGUUCGUCCGGUUGUCAUGGAUGUUGUAGUUAACCUUCCCCAUCUAACCCAACAUUCAGUUUUCAACCACAUUCUUGCUUCGUUUGAUUGGGUGUUUUUUGGAGUCUUGUUGUUUUGACCCUGAUAUGGAUUGUUACACGUGAUUAUCAUGCCAAAUUUUCUUUGUGGCUAUUUUGCAAUUGCUCUCACUGUUUAAUGUCUAAAUUGUCAAUUUGUCUUUAUUCAAGGAUAUUGUAGAAACUCAUCCUGGAUUAGAAUUUCUCCGAGAAGCUCCUGACUUUCAUUCCAGAUACAUACAUACUGUAAGUAAACAUAAAACAUAUUUAUUUAAAAGAGCUUCACAGUAUUUAGUGGGUAUUAAAUUUUCCGACUUGUCUGUGAAGCUCGUUUAUUUUAGGUUAGGACUUAUUCAGGGUGAUGCUUAUUGAAAAUUUACUAUUUGGCUGAGCAAAACCUAAACAGCUUGACAUCUGCCAAAAUUUUGGAUCUUAACCGUGCUAUCUUGCCAAGCCCAGCUCAUAAAUGUGUCCAUCCUUAAGUGUAAAUUCAUGUUGUUAAGAAGGGUGUUUUUCUGAUGUUUGUCUUUUAUAACUCCAGGUUAUAGCAAGAAUAUUUUACUGUGUAAAUACUUCAUGGACUGGUCGUAUCACAAUUCCUGAAUUGAGGAAUAGCAAUUUUUUAGAAGUAAGUACAAAAACUGUUGAAAAAUAA